GCGCUGCUCGGCAGGCCGCCGCCGCCGCCGGUCGUGGUGGCCGCGGCGUCUCAGGGCAAGCCGGUGCUGACGCGGCAGGAUCGGGCAACCUUCCUGGUCGCCUCGCCGCAACUGUCCGUGUCCGGACUCGGCGGCUCCGAGGAGAGCGGCACCAACGAGGAUCCGGCGACCAGAUCGGUACCGGACAUCGAGCUUCACUGCCGGCUUGACGGCGAGCCGCAGCCGUCGCCGCCGCUGCCGCCUCCGCCGCAGAUUCAGCAACCGCCGCAGCUGCAACAAUCGCAGCUACAAGCGCAGCCGACGUCCUACAGCGCCCGUUCCUCCAGGCAAUCGCAUCAGUACAGAUGUAGAUGCGACCGAAGGGAUUCCCUCGCGCCCACAUCUGCCCUUCACUUGGCCCGCAGUGUCUCCAGGGAGAGCGUGAAGAGCGGCCACCACUGCUGCCCGUGUCAGGCGCCGCCGCCGCCGGUGCUGGUCACCACGUCGCCCAACGCGCGCAUAAUACGGCAGAGCUCGCAGCCGGAGGCGUCCGCGUGCUGCUGCUCCGGCUGUUGCUGCCCGCUGCACACCGGCGCGGCGCCGAGCGCCGCCUCGCUGCGGCAGCUACGCGAGCCGGGUGACGGGAUAGCCGGCAUCGCCGCGGACUCGCUGCGGAUCAAUGGCGGGAUACGACAGUUCCGGCAGUUCCCGUGGUGGUGGUGCAAGUCGUCCUCGUCGACGAUGACGACGACGGCGGUGGCGGCGGCAGCGGUGCCCUCCUCCUCCACGGCCGCGGCGUCCGGCACAGCCGCUUCCGGUUCUCAGGGCGGCCAAGGGGUCGUACUAUGUCCACGUACAUUGUCGCAGGUGCGACGAUCACGACUACGCCGGGCCUUCACCGAGGCGACUUCCGAGACCGUCAACUACGUCAAGACGGUGGGAGAUGACGAUUUUUCGCUAGCAAACCCUUUGUAUUUAAUACGCGGUUGA